UUAAGAAGUUUGUUUGUACUUACAUUUGAGUUAUUUGUAAUGUAGAUUGGUUCCAAAAAAGUCAACAUUUACCAUGUCUGCGGGAAACCAGAGUUUUGUGAAGGACUUUGUCAUUGUUGGUUUCCCUGGACUUCAGCCAGAGGUCUACGGCCUUGUCUCAGCUGUGUUAUUCAUUGUUUAUUUUUGCACUUUGAUUGGAAAUAUUGUUGUUCUUAUCUUGUUUGCAACUCAUAACAUUCUUCAUAAACCUAUGUACUUUAUAUAUUUGAAUCUGGUUGUGUCUGACCUAAUCUUCAGUACCAUCACUUUACCUAAGAUUAUUGCCAAGUAUUGGUUUCAGGCAGGUGUAAUGACCUUUUUUGGUUGUUUUUUCCAAAUGUACUUAGUACACUAUUGUGGAAGCUUAAAUAGCUUCAUCCUGUUAAUAAUGGCUUUAGACAGAUAUGUGGCAAUCUGUUACCCACUCAGAUACACAAUGAUUAUCAAGAAAUCCACUGUUCAUAUACUAAAUGUCACUGCAUGGGUGCUUGCUCACCCUUCCUGUCUUUCUAUGGUUAUUAGGGCCUAUCCACUUCCUUUCUGUGCCUCAAACAAAAUUCUUCAUUGUUACUGUGAUCAUAUUGCUGUGACAACACUUGCUUGCACUGACUGGGGCGUUUAUUUUCUUCCUACUUUUAUUGCCGCAAUGGUGGUUUUACUUGGACCUCUUGCAUUUAUAAUAUUCUCUUACUGUUCAAUUAUCAUUGCAGUGCUUAAGAUUGCGAGCACCCAAGGCCGAAUCAAAACCCUUUCUACCUGCAGUGGGCAGCUGAUCAUCAUUGCCCUCUAUUAUAUACCAAGAUGUCUUUUUUAUCUGUUCAGUAGUAUAGGCAUUACAUUCAACACUGAUUUACGUAUUGUUAUUAUUAUGUUAUAUAGCCUAUUUCCUCCAAUGAUCAAUCCUCUAAUAUACUGUCUAAGAAAUGAGGAAAUAAAACAGAUAUUGGUUAAGAAAUAUAGGCAAAUACAAGUAAACAUUCAAUCAAAUAUAACUCAAGUUAACCUUUCCAGCACAAGUUUCAAAUGUCCAGUUGUGUCUUCUUCACCUUGGACAUUUGGGGCUCGUAUGCUGGAGCUGGUGCCGGAAUCGCUGCAUAGCGCGUCUGCUGGCUCGGAUCAGGGCUUCGGGUCAUCCUGGUGGCACCCGAUCACCGAGGUGCUGGGCGCUCUCUGUGAACCCCCAUUCGAGCCCUAG